AUGGGUCGCUUGCACCCAGGGCAUAAUGAAAAUGAAGGAAAAGCUUGGUGUUUGCUAUACUUCAUCCUCUCUUCUGAAGAGGAGAAGGUGUAUUGUGUAAAAGGCUAUUCCUCGUCCUCUCCCGCUGGCAGUGUUCUGAAGAGUGAGAAGGUGUAUUCUGUAAAAGGCUAUUCCUCGUCCUCUCCCGCUGGCAGCGUUCUGAAGAGUGAGAAGGUGUAUUCUGUAAAAGGCUAUUCCUCGUCCUCUCCUGCUGGCAGCGUUCUGAAGAGUGAGAAGGUGUAUUCUGUAAAAGGCUAUUCCUCGUCCUCUCCUGCUGGCAGCAUUCUGAAGAGUGAGAAGGAGUAUUGUGUAAAAGGCUAUUCCUCGUCCUCUCCCACUGGCAGUGUUCUGAAGAGUGAGAAGGAGUAUUGUGUAAAAGGCUAUUCCUCGUCCUCUCCCACUGGCAGUGUUCUGAAGAGUGAGAAGGUGUAUUGUGUAAAAGGCUAUUCCUUGUCCUCUCCCGCUGGCAGUGUUCUGAAGAGUGAGAAGGAGUAUUGUGUAAAAGGCUAUUCCUCGUCCUCUCCCACUGGCAGUGUUCUGAAGAGUGAGAAGGAGUAUUCUGUAAAAGGCUAUUUCUCUUCCUCUCCCCCUGGCAGUGUUCUGAAGAGUAAGAAGGUGUAUUGUGUAAAAGGCUAUUCCUCGUCCUCUCCCGCUGUAGCAGCUUCUAGAGCUGCAAGGGCCUCUGCCACUUCAAGAUCAACAAAAAUCUCAAAGUUGUCUAUGGAACUAUUGCUCUCUUCAGAUUCAGUAUCCGGCUCCCCUCUUUCCAAUGGAGAGAUUCUGCCGUUUAGUUCAUCCACAUCAGCUUGCUGGGAAACACAUUCUUUUAUAUCUGCAAAGGAGAUACUUGCAUUACUAAGGUUAACUGCUUCAGCAUUGUUUAAAAUAGUUAUAUUGGCAUCUACUCCACUGACUGAAGCACUGUCUGUAACAUCUGCAUAGUCAUUUUCAAAGCUCUCACAUGUCUGUACUGUAGGGAUGUUUACUUCGGGGUGGUAGUCAUUCAAUAAAUAGGGUUGUUUUCCAUUUGAAACGGAUAUAUUUUCUGUUUUUGGUGUAGCUUCAGUUUGUUCUUCACCUGCUUUUGCCACACUACUGUUUGGAGCGGAGGCAGCUAUGUGAUUUUCCACUAAAGAAUUGUUCAACGGGCUAGAUGAGGUGUCACUAACCCCUUCAUUAUUUGGUGUUGUACAUUUCUUUUGAGUUUGCUCAUUCUCCAAAAUAUAGAGUCCAUUAGUUCCCACUUUUAACUCUUCUUUGUUAUCCCCAAGUCCAUAUUUCUUCUCUGCAGAUGGUAAGCAUGUCCUGUUGAUCCGAUUUUUGUCAUUUUCAAUAUUUUCCACUCUUUGUUUGUGUGCUAAAGUCUUCGGAUUGUUCAAGUCCAGCUUGUUGAACUUUUGCCCUAUUGUGUAAUUGUCUGCCCCCACUGGUUUCUCCUGGUGUGAGUAAACAGACCUGGAUGCAUCACUUGUCCGUCCAUGCACUUCUACUGGAACUGGAUCAAAUAUGUA